ACCAGUACCACACCACUCCGCGCUAGCUGAGGACGGUACAGCGGCACAGAGGUGCGACGUACGACGACGACGACGCAGGCGCCACACAUGGCAUCCCAGCUCUCCGCCGCCGUGCCCCGGUUCCACGGCCUCCGGGGCUACGCCGCGCCCAGGUCCGCGGUGGCAGCGCUGCCGUCCGUGAGGGUGGGCAGGAAGAGGUCGUCGUCGCAGGGCAUCCGCUGCGACUACAUCGGCUCCGCCACCAACCUGAUCAUGGUGACGACGACGACGCUGAUGCUGUUCGCGGGGCGGUUCGGGCUGGCGCCGUCCGCGAACCGCAAGGCGACGGCGGGGCUGAAGCUGGAGGCGCGCGACUCCGGCCUGCAGACGGGUGACCCCGCCGGGUUCACCCUCGCCGACACGCUGGCCUGCGGCGCCGUCGGCCACAUCCUCGGCGUCGGCAUCGUGCUCGGGCUCAAGAACACCGGCGCCCUCGACCAGAUCAUCGGCUAGAUCCCUACGUCGCCGUUGUUAAGAUCAGACUCAGCAGCCUCGAUCGCGCCGCCGGCCGGCAGGUGCAGGUGGUGACUUUGUAACGUGUGUGCGUGCGUACGUGUACAUUGCAUCCAUCUUGGUUCCAAUGGACAUAUAGCUCCUGUUGCUCCUCUA